GUCACGUGUUUGUGACAUCAUCAAAGGUCCUCAAAUCCACUGACUAGACCUUACAUCUACCGACGGGAGAGUGGCGCGCCUGUGGGAGAGAAAAAGAAAGGUCCUUAAGUAAUGGAGAAACCUUCGGGGAACCAGUCUUUGGACUCACGGUCUGCUGACUCAGCGACAGGGAUGCAGAAACCCAAUAAUCAGCCAUCUUUAGUGCUUGGUGCUGGUCAACAGCCUUCCAUCUUACAGCUUGGUGGUCUUCAGUCUUACUUGAUACUUGCUGCAGGACAGCCUGUCACUGCAUUACAUGGAGCAGGGCUUAAUGUAGUAUCAUUGGGAAAUAAUCUGUCCAUACUUCAAGCCAAUGGUCUUCGCCUGCCUAUUAUCCAGGCAAAUGGUCUUCAGUCCUUGACAAGUCUGACUUCUGGAGCUAAGCCUACCACAAGCCAAGCUGGAAGCCUCCAACCUCAAAUAUUCCAGCUUGGUGGAAUUCAGUCCCCAACAGUCCAGAUUGGCUCUUCUGUUGGGGCCAUCGGACUUCAACCAACACCUUAUCAGCUUGGUGGACUCCAAAGACAGUCAAGUAUACUUCAGCCGUCCACAGUCCAGAUUGGUCCUACAGGUCAGUUCAUUGGACUACAGCCACAGGUAUUCCAGCCUACUGAAUACCAAACACAGUCGACCAUCGCAAGUGAGAUCAAAAGCCAUGGACUCCCGCCUGUCUCUUAUGAGUUAUCUACACCAAAUAUUAUGGUGAAGCGAGUGAACAAGGAAAUUCAGGAAACCAGAAAAAAAGCAGGAAAACUUAAGUCUGAAACAGUUACUUAUGCUGAUGUCGCGUGUAGUGCUUAUAGUGUUCCUAAAGUGAAACACACCUCCACCAAUACUGCAAAAAUCAAUAAGAGUAUUGGAUGUCAGGCAAACAUUUCAUUGAGAAAUAAAAGCCAAGGUGUCCAGUGUCCUGAAGGUGGGAAUUCAAAUCUGAUAUUUUGUCAGACCCUCCAAGAAAGUUCCACCCAGGCGGAGCAGACUGUCUGGGGGAGUCAAGCUGGUGUUCAAGACAGUGAUCCGUCUCUCCAAAGGAGUGUUAUGUUUGUACAGGAUAUGGGACCAGUAGGAAAUGUAUUACCUGCCUAUGAAGCUUGGCAGGCUGAUAAGUUAUUUCUCCAGGACCUUCAGCGAAUACGGAGGCAUAGAUAUAUGUUGUAUGAGCCUGGUCAGAUUCAGUUUGAUGAUGUGGCCAUCUACUUCUCCAAGGAAGAGUGGGAAUAUUUGAAAGAAGAAGAUAAAGACCUUUACAUGGAGAUGAUGGUGAAGAAUUACCGUACCCUUCAUUCACUUGGUUGGAUUACUGUUAAACCACCAUUAAUAACAAUGAUUGAGCAAGGAGAAGAUCUCUAUGUAAAAUACCCCAAACAGUUUGGCAAGUCUCAGAUUCCUGGACUCCUCAGGAAAGAUUCAACAGGCGAGAAAAUUGUAAAUUCCAUUGUAGAAGAAGAAUACAAUUUACAAAAGUUCUCUGAACGUUUGAGGAAAAGCAUUGAUGACUUUCUGACCUUCUGUAUACAGCAAACUGAGGACAUGAUGUCAGGGGCUGCAAUGGACCUUUCGGCAUCACAACAAGGAUUUUCUGAGGGGCCAUUUUGUCAAGUGAAUCCAUUGCUAGCUAUAGAUGAGAGACCUUUUAAGUGUUUCAGGUGUGAAAGACGCUUCAAGCGUUUUUGUGAUCUUGUCUCGCACCAGAAAUUCCACCCGUCUGAGAAUGGCUUCUCUUGUUUUAAGUGCAAGGUGCCGUUCAAGAAUGUUAAAGCCUUGACGAAACACGAGUUGACUCAUACUGGAGAAAAACCAUUUAUAUGCCCCAGAUGUGGGAAACGUUUCUCUACUCAGCAAUUGCUCGAUAAGCAUCUUGGGGUAACCUUGAAAAAGAAUCCAUAUGUUUGCGCCGAAUGCGGGAAACGUUUUGCUAAAAAGUACUCCCUACGAAAACAUGAAAUGAUUCACAAUCGAGAGAAACCUUUUCUGUGUUCGAUCUGUGGCAAAGGCUUCACGGAGGAGGAGGAAUUUAAUGAACAUCAGAGAAUUCACAUGGAGGAACAUAUAUACUCAUGCGAUUUCUGCGGAAAACGUUUCAGUAGCAAACCAAGCUACGAGAAGCAUCGACAGGAACACGCAACGUCACAAUUAUUUCCUGAUUCUGAACAGCAAGGUCAACUUCUUCUUCUCAAGCAAAUUCAGGAUGGGGAGUCUGUUCUGCCAAAAGAACUAAACAGACUCGGAGACACAGAUGACAUUGAGUUUCAUGACACAUAUUUCCAAGAGAAUUGUCCAAAAAACAGAAAAGCACAGAGUGGUUCAUGUUCUUCAUGUCAGAUACAAAAAAUGUCCCAAAGUAGUGUAUCCUCAGAACAGAAAGUAAAGCAACAGACACCAUUUCAUGUAGAACCAGAACAUUUCACAUUUGGGAAAAUAAAAUGCUACCGAGUAGGUACACCCACAGGAGAUCACCUAGAUAGUCCUGCUAAGGAGGAAUCUUGUCCACUAAAAAAAGAAGAGAAUUCCAUGGACACCAUCAGCUCUAUAGAACAAACAUCUGCAAUUGUGAAGAAAGAACCAGAUUUGAAUGAUGGAGAACAAAUGCCCGACCCCUCUUUUCUAAUAGCACAUAAGACUUUUCAGGUUCAAGAGGAAGAGGCCUCUGAUGAAGACAAUGACGCUUUUACUGUACAAGAUGAUCAACUCUCAGAGUCUAUUCCUGCUAUUCCCAUUUCUAAUGACAAUAUUAUAGAGCCUCACCAAAUAGCAACCAACACAGGGAUAGACCUUAUCUGCUCAUUAUGUCGAGAGGAAUUUUUGUGUCAUCGGGAUCUUCUUACCCAUAUGGAAAUUCAUGGUCAAGAAAGUGUAACUCUUUCAAAGAGUUUAAGGACACCUACAGGGGAAUCAGGCUUUGCAGAUCAGCCUAAAUCCAUUAGACUUUUUAUAUGCUCUUAUUGUGGCAAAUCUUACAGCCGUAUGACACAUUUCAAAGUGCAUCUGAGGAUCCACACAGGAGAAAGACCCUUCUCAUGUUCUGAAUGCGGCAAAUGUUUUAUAAGGAAGUCAGAGUUGGUCUCCCAUCACCGGAUUCACACAGGAGAGAAGCCAUUUGCUUGUUCUGUCUGUGGGAAGAGGUUUGCCAAUCGCUCAAAUGUUAACUCGCAUGAGAGAAUCCACAAAGGAGAGAAACCCUUUGCUUGUUCAGACUGUGGGAAGUGUUUUACUGAUAGUUCAGGACUGCACACACAUAAAAGAGUCCACACGCGUGAAAAGCCAUUUUUAUGUUCUGACUGUGGCAAGCGCUUCUCCACUCGAUCGCAUCUCAUCACACAUCAGAGGUUUCACAGUGGAGAAGCUCCGUUCUCUUGUUCUGAAUGUGGGAAGAGUUUUGCCUGUAAUGCAAAUCUUAUGACACACCAGAGAAUCCACACAGGGGAGAAACCCUAUUUCUGCAAAGAGUGUGGGAAAUGUUUUUCAGACCGCUCAUGUCUUUUUGUACAUAGGAGGAUACACACUGGUGUCCAACCUUAUACUUGUGCACACUGUGGAAAGUUUUUCCCUAGUCGGUCCCAUCUGGUUAGACACGAAAUAAUUCACACAGGGGAGAAACCAUUUUCUUGCUCAGAAUGUGGGAAAUGUUUCAAUUCCAAAACAAUUCUGGUAGCACAUCAAAGAAUCCACACAGGGGAAAAACCGUUUUCCUGUAAAGAGUGUGGAAAAUGUUUUCGAGGUCGGUCAGCGGUUAUCGCCCACCAGAGGAUCCAUACAGGGGAGAAGCCAUUUUCAUGUUCAGAAUGUGGGAAAUGUUUUACAGAUCAUUCAGGUCUUAUUACACAUCGGAAACUACACGCCGGGAAUAAAGAUUAUAAAUGCAUUGAAUGUGGGAAAUGUUUUGUAUUGAAGCACUAUUUGACUAGGCACUUGGCAAAGCAUGAAGUCAGAGCUCCAGUUUCCUCAUGAUGAUGUGUGUAAUAUAUGCCAAGGCUUUGUAUUUGGAUUCUCCUGCAUCAGAAUUAUUUACUUUGUUCACUUGUAUAGCCCCAACAAAUCUACAGCACUGCAUAGAGACUGUCAUUAAUUUACAUUAAAUCCUUUCCCCGCUGGGGCUCACAAUCUUAAUUCCACAAUAACAUGCAUCCUUGUUCCAGUUUAAUGCAGCAAUGAUCCAGCAGCAGGGCAAGGGUGAAAACACACAAUCAGCACUGUGUGUUUUUAUGGUUUCGUAGAAUACGUCAGACAUGAGUGCCCGAUGUCGCUCUGGUUUAUCAUCCCAGAACAGAGGAAGCCAAGCCUACUGUUGGGAAAACGUAGGCUAUGUUUACAUGUUGUUUUUGAUAAGAUAUAUAACUUACUUAUACAGUAUGUACCGUAUUAGUACUGUAUUGUACUGACUUCAGUAUAUAUUUUUGUGAUUCAGCCUAGUGAUGGGUCAUUCGCGAAUGAGCCAACUCUAUGAGUUGCCUCUUUUCUGUGAAUGAUGAGAAUCGAAUCCUAGGAAGGAUGUAGAAAAAACUGGAACAGAAAAAAUGGUGCUAAGUGCCGUUAAACCUUAUAAAAGAAGUGUUGAUUAUUACUGGGGAUGGUACCACUGCACAUACAAAUGCAGAUAAAAGGCAUAAAAUGAUGAUUAGGAGUAUGUGCAGGGAUGCGGCAGGUGUUUGAUGGUAUCACACUCACCUAAUCGUGUUGCACUUCGGGCACAACACAGUUAGAGUGGUGGUUCACUCUUUAAAGGGUACCUCUCAUCAAAAAAACUUUUUGAUAUAUUAUAGAUUAAUGUAUGCAGAAUAACUUUACAAUUGCAUGUUAUUAAAAAAUAUGCUUCUUUCUAUUUAAUUUUUCCCUUUGAAA